AUGCAGUUAUUGCAACAUCCUGUGCUGCUUGUCCUGAACUGCGAUGCGAACGCCCCGGCUGUGGAACACUUUUUUGCUAUCACUGCAAAGGUCCCUGGCAUGCCAGUCAAACAUGUGAUGAGGCACGAAGGGAACGUGGUGAAACGUAUCGACGUACCGUGCCACAAGUUUCUACUUCACAAGAAAAUACCCUUAAAAGUAUGCAUUUUUUUGGAAAAAUCUGUGGACUCUCUUAUUUCCUCGCUUAAGGCUAUGCACGUGUUUCCCUCCUCCCUCCCCGCUGUCUUUACUUGGACGAGCCGAUUUUGA